UUUAAAUAUUUUUAUUUUUUUGGGAAUGGUAUGAAAUCUUAUGGGAUAAUAAACAUUUAAAAUUCCUAAAAAAUCAUCAAUUAUUAAUAUUUUAAACAAUGAUUUCAAGUAAAUAACGUAAUCGUUGAAAUAUCCUUUGAUGUGAAGACCUUACAAUGGGUGAUAGCAGUGAUUCUGAAGAGUUCUAUGAUGCGGAAGACUUCACGCCCGCAAGAGGUUCAAAAAGAUCAUCGCUAUGUAAAAGUAUUAGUGUUACCGACAAUUCUAGCAGUGCAGACAAAGAGAAACCAUCAAUUUUAAAAGCUGAAGAAGUGCAGGUUGUGCCGGCUGUUUGUACCACCAGCCCAGCUACUAAAGAAACACCUGUUGACGAAAGGUCUACAGUUAAACAUGUGGUGCAAGGCAGACGUAGGUUCCAAGAGCUUCGCAGGUGUAUGCAAACUGAGGAAGAGGAUGAGCCAGAGGUACCUCAAGCAUCAGAACAUACAUAUGCAUUGGAACAUCCAUUCAAAAUUAUAUCCCACGAUACGAUGAGCUUGCAAAGUAUGACGUCAUUGGGAAGGAUCGGCAGGAUACUAAGCGGAGCAGCUGAAUCACAUCCAAAUAUACGAGAGAAUAAUCCAGCCCCGACUGCCUCGUCAAGGGAACCCUCAACAUCUGACGAUCCACUUGCUACGGAUCGGACGCAAAACGUGCUGGCGAUGGCCGAGCCGGAUGUGAUAGCGAGUACGAAGGCGAACAGCCUCAAGCAUAACCGGGGUUCGUCAGCCGUUGUGGCUGUCUGUCACACCUCUUGUCUUCCAGCCCCUGUAGCGCCCCCUCGGAAGAAAAAGCGCAACAAACUCCACGGAUCUCAAUCGCUGUCAACUACCGAGGGUGAUAAUCUCAGCGUGUGUACUACUGACACGGAUGAAUUACGAUACGUGAGGCGGGAUAAGCCACAUCUUGAUACGUUGAGGGUUGAGGCCGCACAACCCAUUCCACCGAAUCAAUGUAUGGCUUUACCGAGUCCCGCCAGCACAAUCGAAUCACUGACCAGAGAGUUCCAGGACUCAUUAGAACUCUCACAUUCCAAAUAUGCAAGUGAUAUGUCUCUACCAGAGAUGUGGUCUUCCCCGGCUGCACCCCCUGUACGGCCUAAUGUUGCAACUGUAGCACCGCAUACAAAAGAUGCCUUAGCUGUUAAUGGUGCACGUGGCGAGAACGAGUGUCGUACGUCGCGUACGCACAGCGAAGGACGGCCGCUGACUUCUAGUUUAGGGUCCAAUGGCAGACGUUCGGAAACGUCGCGCGCUCGUCGUCGCUCAGCGGGCGAUUCGCCUGCGGAAGGCGAGGGAGAGGGUCUCAGGGCAAGAUGCGUCUCCGGAAGGCAGCUCUCGGAUAUAGAGAUACUGGAGCAGGUCACUGUGCUUAAUCUUGAUACUGUGUGUCCUGUUCUAGGAGAACGCAUGCCGCUAAGCGUCGCCGAACACAAGUUGCCUCAAUGCAUCAAUCCCCUAAGUCUUCACAUCAUGCGACUAACUUCAGAGUACAUAGGACGGACUAACGAUGACGAACACAACAGUAGUCGGUCAAGCAGUCCCCUCGUCCAAUUGAAGAGACGGCCAAUGAGUGUGUGGAAACGCUGGUCGGUUUACAGUACUGGGGUCUUGCGAAGAUCGCCUUCCGCGCCCCUACAUCUGACCGAGUCUAGCUUCUCCAUCGAUAAUAGAGAGACAGAUGAAGAAAGUGAAAGUGUCUGCGCUGGUGGCGUAGAAGAUGAGACAAAAGAGGCGAAGAGGGAGUCCGCUGACCGACAAACGACGGCCAUCAAACGGAAAACUGACAAUGUGAUUCGCGCUGAACUAGUGAAGUGUCACUCGCACGACAACAUUAAUAUCAGACUGAAGCGAUUCUUCGGUACAACAGUAAAAAAGACAGUGGAUGCUGCAAAAUCCCUAGCACAAGAGGUGUCUCAUGCCAGACAUAAAGAAGAUGUGGCAGAAAUUGCAGAUGACGUUCGAGGGGAGCAUAAUAUUAAGCUGAAAGCCUCGAACUCUCAUAAGGGACCUUAUGACUUUGAUGGAUGUGUGAGAUAUGUUCAGGAGCUGGGAAGUAUGGAGGCGGGCGUGGGUGGUCACGUGGGUGCGGUGUGGUGUUGCAAGUUCAGUGUGUGCGGACGAUUGUUAGCCACCGCUGGUCAGGACCGAUUGUUGAGGGUGUGGGUCACUAGGGACGCACACCAUAUGUUCCAGGAUAUGCGCACAAAAUACAACGCCGAACAAAAGUCCUCACCCACCCCCUCCCAAGAAUCUCUCGCGUCCCUCGCCCCCCCUCCAUCUCCCGAUCACGUCCCCUCUCUCGGCCCCGGCGCCCCAUUCUCCCCCCACCCCUUCUGCGUAUACUCCGGACACAACUCGGACCUUCUAGACGUCUCCUGGUCCAAGAACUACUUCAUACUGUCCAGUUCUAUGGACAAAACUGUCAGAUUGUGGCACAUUUCGAGGGGGGAGUGCCUCUGCUGCUUCCAACAUAUAGAUUUUGUGACGGCCAUCGUGUUUCAUCCCAGGGAUGAUAGAUAUUUUCUGUCUGGAAGUCUGGAUGGGAAGUUGAGGCUCUGGAAUAUUCCUGAUAAGAAGGUCGCUGUAUGGAAUGAAGUUGACGGCAAAACGAAACUCAUAACCGCGGCUAACUUCUGUCAGAAUGGCAAAUUCGCUGUCGUCGGAACAUAUGACGGCAGAUGCAUCUUCUACACGACAGAUCAACUGAAAUACCACACACAGAUCGAUGUUCGAUCGACGAGGGGAAAGAACUCGACGGGGAGGAAAAUCAGUGGAAUCGAACCUAUGCCCAAUGAUGACAAAAUCCUGGUGACGUCAAACGAUAGUAGAGUGAGGCUAUAUGAUUUAAGGGAUUUGAAUUUAUCCUGCAAAUAUAAGGGAAAAGGUUACGUAAACGUCUCAAGCCAAAUAAAAGCGUCAUUUUCGCACGACGGAAAAUACAUAGUCAGCGGGUCGGAGAACCAGUGCAUCUAUAUCUGGAAGACCUGCCACGACUACUCCAAGUUCACGUCAGUCAGGCGGGACCGAAAUGACUUCUGGGAGGGAAUUAAGGCACACAACGCGGUGGUCACGUGUGCCAUAUUCGCCCCUAACCCUGAUAAUAUGAUUCGGACCAUCAAUGAGAGAGAAGAGAAGUUGAAUGAGAGUCGGGGAGAGAAAGAGGAAGUGAAGGCCCCGGAAGGUGGUAUGGUCUCGUCAUCGCAAACAGGUCAUGUUCUCGUAAGCGCCGACUUCAAUGGCUGUAUUAAAGUAUUUGUGCACAAAGCGAAACCCAAACACUCAUCACUACCCGCGUCUGCGCUUGCCUAAUUACUAGACUUACAUGGGACUAGACAAAACAUUGCAAGCGUGACCAAUCUACGUAUUCGAUCACGUGACUUGGACUAAAAUUACCAUACAAACAUAUUAACACCGCUACGCCCGGUACAAAUCAA